AUGCAACAUUUAUUAGCAUCACCACUACGUUCAACUUCAACUAACAUUGAUUCACAUGCUAAAUGGAUACAAAAUGGUGUCACUGUGGCUGGAGGAAAUGGACAAGGCAGUGACACCAAUCAAAUCAAUCAACCAUUUGGCUUGUGUGUCGAUGAUGAUGAAACAAUUUAUGUUGCUGAUUGUUCGAAUCAUCGUAUUGUGGAAUGGAAAUGUGGUGCAACGAUCGGCCAAAUAGUUGCUGGUGGAAAUAAAAGUGGAGAUGGUGCUCAUCAGUUAAAUUCCCCAACGGAUGUUAUUUUCGACAAAGCGACAGAUAGUUUCAUCAUUGCCGAUUACGGAAAUAAACGAGUAGUUCGAUGGCCUCGUCAAAAUGGCACUAAUGGAAAAACUAUCAUCUCAAAUAUCUCUUGCCACGGUUUGACAAUCGACGAAAAGGGUUCUCUUUAUAUCGUUGAUCAUGAAAACCAUGAAGUGAGACGAUAUUCAAUUGAUGACACUGAAGGAACAGUGGUUGCAGGUGGAAAUGGGCAAGGAAAUCAGCCUGAUCAACUGUUAAAGCCUUGGUGCGUGUUUAUCGAUGGAAAUCAUUCAGUUUAUGUAUCGGAUUAUGGGUGUGGGUGUGGGUGUGGGUGUGGGUGUGGG